GUGUUAGUGAUUUGGACACACACAUACACAUAGGUGCACUAAUGUGUGUUUUCAUCAGUCACAUGUAAAAAGACCCCCCCUGCCUUCACACACCAGGCCUAUUGUCAGAGCAUCCGUUGAAGAGCUGACGUCAUGGCCUGUGCUAGGAGGGAAGAGGACUGGGCACGGGGCAUCAGCAAGUGGGACUGAGUAAGCAACGUCGAGUGACAACUAAACAACAUCAAAAUGAGUGUCAACACUGUAAGGUUUGUUGUGAGUGUACUUGGUGUCUUUGGAUGGUCUCUGACACUCUCCUCAGCCACCCAAGUGGGUCUGAACGAUAAAGUCCUGGUGUUUCCUUAUGAGACAGACUUUAGCUUCGUGGCCCUGAUCCCGCAGAAGGAGAUGGGGCUGAGGGCCUUCACUCUCUGCAUGCGUGUGGCCACUGAGCUGCCGGAAGAACGUCAGAUUAUCCUGUUCGCCUACCGCACCACCGACUAUGACGAGCUCAACGUGUGGCGUGAGCAGGACGGGCGCAUCUCCUUUUAUAUGAGCGGUGACGGCACCUUCUUCCACCUGCCGCCCCUCACCACCUUCCGCACCAGCCUCUGCCUGACCUGGGAGUCUCGUACAGGCCUCACUGCUUUCUGGGUGGAAGGGAAACGCAGCACCUACCAGGUCUACAAACCUGGGCACAGCAUCCGUCCAAAAGGCACCGUCCUCCUGGGCCAGGACCCAGACAAACACCUGGGAGGUUUGGAGGCCGUGCAGAGCUUUGUAGGGGAGAUAACAGAUCUGAAUAUGUGGGACUUUGUGCUCUCCAGGAGCAUGAUCCAGGCCUGGCAUUACGGGCACAAGGUCCCUAAGGGUAACAUCUUUGACUGGGGCAAUAUGGAGUAUGAGCUGAAUGGUAACGUGAUGGUGGUGGAUGAUGACUGACUCGAUGUGGAGUCGAAUGCAGAGAGGGAUUUAGAGGUCUGUGUUGGACUCAUACUGA